UCUGCUAUUGGUGCUCCUCACACCCCGGCUCGCUCUCAUGCUCGCAAUCUGGUCCCCAUCCCUCGGCUGCCCAGCAUUCGUACUGCUCCCCACAACCCGGCUCGCUCUCAUGCUCGCAAUCUGGUCCAUAUUCCUCGGCUGCCCAGCAUUCGUACUUUUUCCUACACCCCGGCUCGCUCUCAUGCUCGCAAUCUGGUCCCCAUCCCUCGGCUGCCCAGCAUUCGUACUGCUCCCCACAACCCGGCUCGCUCUCAUGCUCGCAAUCUGGUCCCCAUCCCUCGGCUGCCCAGCAUUCGUACUGCUCCUCACACCCCGGCUCGCUCUCAUGCUCGCAAUCUGGUCCCCAUCCCUCGGCUGCCCAGCAUUCGUACUGCUCCCCACAACCCGGCUCGCUCUCAUGCUCGCAAUCUGGUCCCCAUCCCUCGGCUGCCCAGCAUUCGUACUGCUCCUCACACCCCGGCUCGCUCUCAUGCUCGCAAUCUGGUCCCCAUC